AUGCAGCAAUACGCAGGAUACAUCUCAGAUGUGACGAGAGUAUGGCCGGUAAACGGCAAGUUCACUCCCGCUCAAAGAGAGCUAUACACUGCCGUUUUGAAUGUGCAGCGGUCAUGCAUAUCUCUGUGCCGCGAAUCAGCCAGCUUAUCACUAGACAAGAUCCACGAUAUAGCUGAGCGAAGUCUUCGAGAACAGCUCGACUCUAUCGGUUUCAAUACCUCUGGCAAUGCCAUGCGAACGCUUUUCCCUCAUCAUGUAGGCCAUCAUAUUGGUCUCAGCGUGCACGACUGCGGUGGCUACUCGCGGCAAGAAAUGCUGCGGAAGGGCCAGUGUAUCACCAUUGAACCGUACGAUUUUCUCAUACCGAAACAAAAUAGAUUGAUAAAUGAGUGCUAA